AUGGUCUUCGGGCGGUCAGACUUGAGGCCGUAUAAAGGAACCUUGGUAGGGUUUACAGGGGACCGUGUCACUGUUCGAGGAUAUGUGGAAAUACCAACUGCUUUUGGCGAAGGAGAGUUUGUAAAGAAAUUUCAAGUGAAGUACUUAGUCCUGGCGUGCAGAGCCAACUACAAUGCACUCUUGGGACGAGACACCCUCAACAAGCUAUGUGCGGUCGUUUCAACAGCUCAUUUGACUGUUAAAUAUCCAGCCUGCAAUGGAAAGGUUGGGGUAUUACAUGUGGACCAAAAUGCAGCAAGAGAAUGUUAUUUAAGAAGUGUGGCGCUUUAUGGGCGUAAGGCCGCCAAAGAAAGUCACAGAAUCACAGAAAUCUUUCCGCAAGAGGGAUUCAGUUUGGAUCCAAGAGACGAUGCUGAUGAUUUCCGCCCACAACCUCUGGAAGAAACCAAGCAAGUGCAAAUUAAGGAUAAAGAUUUAAAGAUUGGCCGCAGUUUGACAAAGGAACAAGAGGAAAGGUUGAUCACGCUGCUGGGUGAUAAUUUGGAUCUCUUUGCAUGGACCAUCAAUGAUGUACCAGGGAUUGACCCCAAUGUGAUCACUCACAAAUUGGCUAUUCGACCAGGGGCGACCCCAGUCAUCCAGCCAAGGCGGAGAAUGAGUGAUGAAAAGAAUAAGGCAGUACAAUUAGAGACAGAGAAACUAAUCAAGGCUCGCUUCAUCCGUGAGGUGCAGUACCCGACAUGGCUCGCCAAUGUUGUGAUGGUCAAAAAAUCCAAUGGGAAGUGGCGAAUGUGCACGGACUACACAAGCUUGAACAAAGUGUGUCCUAAAGAUUCAUAUCCACUUCCCAAUGUCGAUAAGCUUGUGGAUGGAGCGUCGGGGAAUGAACUUUUAAGUCUCAUGGAUGCUUAUUCGGGCUACAAUCAAAUCAUGAUGCAUCCAUCGGAUGAAGAGAGUACAACAUUUAUGACCAAUCAGGCGAAUUACUGUUACAAGACAAUGCCUUUUGGAUUGAAGAAUGCAGGAGCUACGUACCAACGGCUCAUGGAUAAAAUCUUUUCAAAACAAGUGGGCAGGAAUAUGGAGGUAUAUGUGGACGACAUGAUCGUAAAGUCCGCCAGGGCUAGUGAUCAUGGCGGCGAUCUUAAGGAAGCGUUUACUCAAUUA